GUGUGUGUGUGUGUGUGUGUUUUUAAUAAUGUAACGCUUUGAGAUUCACUGCAUAAGAAAAGUGCAGUACAAAUUAAAUGCAAUAUUAUUAUUGUUAUUGUAAAAAAGAAACUUCCUAAAUUCAACCAUGAUGAAGUUCAAACGAUAACUUCUCUUCUCCGUAUACUGACACUCAUAAAAUAAUUGAACUGUGGCUCAACUUUUACAAAAAUCACAUUGUUCAUUUUGACCAGAAAGCAGUUUAUUGUCAUCACCCUCCAGUGGUCAGCAGGAGUUCAUGACAAAACAUCCAUGACCGUGUCCCACUUUGAAAAGAGUCAAACUCAUAAAAUGACCUUUAAUCAAAAACAAUAACAAAAGCUCCUUAACUGUGAGGCACUAGACUGAUAACAUGUGGCACUUAAUACUUUGUUUACAAUGAAAAAAGACGAGAUAUUGAACUAUUUAUUUGUUGAGCCCUUACAAUCAAAAUGUGUCAAGUCAUUCAGCGGUAGCUAUGCUAUUUCCGGAAAUAAACGAACUCCCUUCAAAAUAAAGUUAUUUCUCAAGAAGUAACGCAAUAUGUUGUUGACGUUUCUCCGUAAAAACUUUAAUUUUGAAGACGAUGGGAUCGGAAGUUUAUUUUUUCACACGUAAUGACAUCAUUAUUAGCGGACCUCCCAGUCAGCUGUGCCAUUAGAGGUCCCUAGCUUUAGCCUGCUAACGAGAGAAGAAAAAGGCUGUUUCAGGGCUUAAAUUAUGGAUAAGAAUACUACGAGAUACAAUGUACAGCUGUAUAUUUAUGAUCUAUCGAGAGGAAUGGCGCGCAGCCUCAGUCCUAUCAUGUUAGGAAAGCAACUGGAUGGUAUAUGGCACACAGCUAUAGUGGCAUACGGUGAUGAGUUCUUCUUUGGAGGGGAGGGGAUCUCCAGCUGUUCGCCGGGUGGGACAAUGCUGGGUCCUCCAGACACAGUGGUGGAGCUGGGUGAGACCGAGGUGUCUGAGGAGAUCUUCAUGGAUUAUCUCUCUUCCCUGGGAGAAAGCACAUACAGGGGUGACAGGUAUCGUCUGUUUGAGCACAACUGCAACACCUUCACCAAUGAGGUCGCUCAGUUCAUGACGGGGAGGACCAUCCCUUCCUACAUCACCGACCUCCCAUCUGAAGUCCUCUCCACACCGUUUGGCCAGAUACUGCGGCCCAUUCUGGACUCGAUCCACAUCGCCCCUCCAGGAGGUAAUGUCAUCAACGGGGGAAGAAACAUCUGAUCUGGGAGAGCAGUGAUGUCAUUAAGUGUUUUUAAGGUCAUUUCCAUUGUAGUCAGUCUGUGAGAAGUCUCAAAUUCAUUAUCAUUUAUCAUAUUUCCUUAUGAUUUCCUCUAUAACGUGUAACUUGUAUCAUGAAUGCUACUUGUGAAGAACUCACUGUUCACCUCAUGAAGUUUGAGUGUCCAUUGAUGAGUUCAAAUGCAAUGUGGUGAUAAGUACUCAGACAGUAACAAAAGCUAAGGGAAUUUCAGGUUAUAAUAGCCAGAUAUGCUAACAGUCACAGUCCUGCACUAAAAGUUGAGUUUGAGGAAUGUUGCCUCCUUCAAAGUACAUCUGUGGAAAGUCAGAUAUCUGAGUAUUACACUUUUUCAGAAGUAACAACAUAUAUUUCAUCAACAAAUACUCUAACAAAUCGAGGCGCUGCAACUUUAUUUAGACUAUAAAGUGUAAAUAAGGUUGACUAUGCAAGGCUUAGUUUUACUCAUUGACUGUAUAUAAAUGGAUGUCAUGACGGCUCCCCAAAAGUGAAGCCAAAACAUCUCAAUCUCCUCCUGUUGGCUGGCUGCAACGUAGGUCACAAACUCCGCCCCCUCCAUGUUAAAAGAGUUGACACGAGCCAGACUAAAAAAGUGGUUGUGCCAUCAUGAUAGACAGCUUUGACAGCCGCUUUCACACCUCUGUCUGGUGGCGGGAUGACCAGACUACUGCGUAGACUCUGGUUCCAAAUGACAUCACACAAGCAAGAUGGCAGCUUCCGAAAAGGAGAUAUUUUGGCUUCACUUUUUGCAUAGCAGCAGGAGAUGAAGUCAUCCAUAUUUAUAUACAGUCAAUGGCUUUACUUCACAUCAUGCACUUUUUACUUCACUACAUUUAUCUAAUAGCUGUGAUUAAACAUGCAACAUUAAAAUACCUCUUGUACAUUGGUGCAUAAAGCUAAUUUAGUACUUUUAAACGUGCAAAACACUCCUUUAAUGAUAUUGCUUAAGUCAGAAAUGAAGUAUUUUCCCUUUUUAGGUAUUACAACGUUUAUUUAAUAAAAUAGUUGUUUUGACCACUGACAUUAUUAUACUGACAUAUCAGUUUUCACAGAUGUCCUUGCGAGAGUCAUCCUCUGCUGACUACAAUGGAAUUAAUCUGAGUUUGCAUAGAUAUAUUUAAUAUAUUGAUUUUCAAUGAAUGCAGGUUUAUGGAAAGCAAGAGCAGGAUAAAUUAAUUUUGGAAAGUCUUCUAAUGUCAAUCAUAUUUCAAUUAUGCACUUAUAUGUUUUAUUUUGUAGCUUCUAGUUGAUUUCGUAUCCGCAAUCAUUUUGUACUUGUAAAAUUUGACUUUUCUGUUUCUGUUUGAUUCAGCCUAACUGUGGUCGCCUCCUUACCUUACAUUAUCAUUCCAUUUGUCACACAGCUUCUGAUGUGACAUGCAGAAGGUGAUUGAUGCCUAAUUUACACUGAGGGUUAUAAGAUUAAAGGGGAUAUUAGAACUUGUUGAGUGUACAGCAGGACUGGGUUCAGUUCACUGUUAAUUCUAGUUAUUUCUACUUAUAUGAAAGUAAUCCCUGUGUAUUAUUUGUUAAUCGGUGAGUUGAUUACAAAUGCGUUUAUAGCAAGCAGGGCAAGAAAAAACAAGCCCCCGCAGCUCCACAGUGCUAUAAAUAAUUUCCCAGGCAAUCCUCAUCACAUUUUUAGCUCUUGAAAACAAAAAACAGCAUUUUUCAUUAUUUCUGAAAGCUUGAAUAAGAUGAAUGAAUUAGGGGUUUUGGUAUUAAAUCUACCCUCUGAUAUAAGUGAAAGUGAACUGCAUCGCAGCCCUGUUAUAUGACACAUGUUGUCAUAGGUGCCUCUUGGCUUGUGUUACCAGCUCCAAAGGGAGACGGUUAUUAUAGAUUUAUACGUUUUGUUAUUUUUUUGUUUUUUGUUGUUGCAUAGUUGCCAUUUGAUUAACACUAAAUCACACAUCUACAGGUGUUUUUUUAAUGUAAAGGUGACCAUAUUUAGAAUCUAAACACUGCUUUGUGUACAGUCUAAUUAAUAUCAAUCUGCUUGAGUCCUUUAACAGCUACCAGAGUGUGUUUGAUAUACAAUACACCUCUGUGCCUUCAUUUCCCUCUGCUUGGCUACAGGCAUACUGUUUGCGAGUUGGCUUGGUUUUAAUAGAGCACAGACGGUAUCUUCCACUGCAGUCUGUGUUAAGAACCUGAUGGUUAGUUUUAGAGUAUGAAACUCCAGAAAACCUUUAUUAAUAAACCUACAAUAAAGUGUUAGAACUAAUAACCCUCAAUCCAUUCAAUUCUUAACUGUAGGAAACAGUUGAAUUACACAACAUCUGGAUCCAGUAACACUCACAGCCUAUAAUCUCUGUGCAUUAUACUCUGCACUCUGCCAUCAGAAAGAACACAUACAGUAGUUCUUUAACUUCAACAGAACACACGGGUCACAUGCAGUAUCGGGUUUAUCAAAUUUAGAUAAUGGUACACACAUGAACCACACUGAACCUCACAAGCCUUUUUCCCUGCUUACACACACUGAAUAAUGAAGCACAGCAAAACAAGAAAUCUCAACGAAUGAUUAAACCAGCAUUAACUUUUAUUGUGUUCUCCUGCAAUAAAUGAACCUUAUACACACUAUACCUUCCAAGCAGUCACCAUCACUUGUCACUCAAGGCUUAAUUAUCUCUCCAGUGCACAUGCACAAAAAGAUUGGAUGUGCAAUUUUUUAAAAGGGUUAACCGAGGAUUAGGCUAUUUUUAGAGAAUAACAAAUUGAAGUUAAUUCCCCCUGAAAAGGCUGGAAAGCUCAGGUGAAUCUGGGUUGUGUUUUGCCUUCUGCUAACCAACUAACUGACAUGCUAACCUGACCAUAGAAAUGUAUUACUGCACAGGUCACCCUUCGUUGCUCUGAUGUAUGUUGCUACCGGCCGCUACCUGUAAUGUGACAUUGCAACAGAUAUUUAUGGAUAUUAUUCCCUAUUUAAGUAAUCUAAGUAUGGUAGAUAUGUUAAUGCAUAUUGUUUGUGUAAUUGUUUUUGUAAAUCUACCUAUACAUAAAGCCAUUGACUGCAAA